GGGUGUGGUUCGGGAGUUGUGUCCAAGCGUGCGAUGUGGAAAUCAUCAGUAGCGCAGGAUCACUGGUGCUCUCGUUUCGCUUAAGAUGAAGGUUGAAUUUGUGGUGUUACUGUUCGCUACAGGAUGUCUCCACGUGACGAGCACCAAUAUCUACGAUACGUGUACAAGUGAUGGGGAGUGUCCAAGCAAUGCUGGGUGCAAACCGUUUCGCUGUGGAGGUCUUGUUUGUUUGUGUCAACUCGGAUACGUGGCAUCGACUGAUAAGUCAACAUGUUUAACAGGACUUAACGUGUCCGAUUCCUGUGACCUCGCCUCCACCACGUCAGUGUGCGUCAACACUCUCCUCACCAGCUGUAACAACGGCGUCUGUAGCUGCAAGACGCCCUUCAACCGAGAAGCUCUAGGAACCUGCACUAUGAGUGGAAUAAAAGUGCUCGGUGAGGCCUGCGUGAACGGUGAAUGUUCAGUACUUGCCCAGUGCUCCGACACUACUUCAGUCUGUGAGUGUCUACCCGGAUACAGAAGGCGAACUGCAGAAGAAUUUUGGGCGGAACCAGAUGCCAUUCUGGAAUGUAUCCCCAACAGUGUCUCCUUAGAUAAAUGCAGUGGAACACCUGUAAUUCAGCCUGUUUCCUCCACUACGCAAAGUCCGUCAACUUCAACGUCCUCAAUGACGAUAGCAACAACGUCAUCAACACAUAUUCUCAUCACACCGUCAUCUGCGUCAAUAGAGACUACUGCCUCAGUAUCAUCGGAUUUAAGUAUGACGGUAACAUCAACACUGGCCACACCAACCGCUACUCCAUCUUCGCAAGGGUCAAGGGCAGAUAUCUACGAUACGUGUACAAGUGAUGGGGAGUGUCCAAGCAAUGCUGGGUGCAAACCGUUUCGCUGUGGAGGUCUUGUUUGUUUGUGUCAACUUGGAUACGUGGCAUCGACUGAUAAGUCAACAUGUUUAACAGGACUUAACGUGUCCGAUUCCUGUGACCUCGCCUCCACCAUGUCAGUGUGUGUGAACACCCUCCUUACCAGCUGUAACAACGGCGUCUGUAGCUGCAAGACGCCCUUCAACCGAGAAGCUCUAGGAACCUGCACUAUGAGUGGAAUAAAAGUGCUCGGUGAGGCCUGCGUGAUGGGUGAAUGUCCAGUACUUGCCCAGUGCUCCCCCACUACUUCAGUCUGUGAGUGUCUUCCCGGAUACAGAAGGCGAACUGCAGAAGAAUUUUGGGCGGAACCAGAUGCCAUUCUGGAAUGUAUCCCCAACAGUGUCUCCUUAGAUAAAUGCAGUGGGACACCUGUGAUUCAGCCUGUGUCCUCCACGACGUCAACUUCAACGACGAUAGCAACGACGAUAGCAACGACGAUAGCAACAACGUCACCAACACAGCUUAUCACAACAUCAUCUACAUCGAUAGACAUUACUGCGUCAAGUGUGACAGAGACACCACAGAUCACUACUUCGUCUUCACUGGGGUUAACAACGUCUAUUUCUUCCUCAUCAAUCUCCAUCAGUGCACCGGGGUCAACGACACCAACAGCCGUCACAUCUGUUCCUUCUUCAUCAAUCUCAACCAGUUCACUAGGGUCAGCGACAGCAACAUCAAGCUCGUCUGUUCCUUCUUCAUCAAUAUCCUCAAGUUCACUGGGGUCAACGACAGCAACAGCCGCCACUUCUGUUCCUCCUUCAUCAGGCUCCACAAGUUCACUGGGGUCAACGACAGCAUCAAGCUCGUCUGUUUCUUCUUCAUCAAUAUCCUCAAGUUUACUGGGGUCAACGACAGCAACAGCCGUCACUUCUGUUCCUUCUUCAUCAGGCUCCACCAGUUCACUGGGGCCAACGACAGCAUCAAGCUCGUCUGUUUCUUCUUCAUCAAUAUCCUCAAGUUCACUGGGGUCAACGACAGUGACAUCCAUCACAUCUGUUCCUUCUUCAUCAAUCUCCACCAGUUCACUGGGGUCAUCGCCAGCAACAUCAAGCUCGUCUGUUCCUUCUUCAUCAAUAUCCUCAAGUUCACCGGGGUCAACGACAGUGACAUCCAUCACACCGGUUCCUUCUUCAACAGUUUUCACUAGUUCACUGGGGUCAACCUCAGCAACAACGAGCUCGUCUGUUCUUUCAUCGAUCUCCACCAGUUCAUUUGGGUCAACGGCAGCAUUAAGCUCGUCUGUUCCUCCUUCAUCAAUAUCCUCAAGUUCACUGGGGUCAACGACAGUGACACCCAUCACAUCUGUUCCUUCUUCAUCAAUUUCCACCAGUUCACUGGGGUCAUCGUCAGCAACAUCAAGCUCGUCUGUUCCUUCUUCAGCAAUCUCAACCAGUUCACUAGAAUCAACGACAGCAACAACCAUUACGUCUGUUCCAUCUUCUGUGCUCACAUCUCCAAUCUCCCAAACAACGACAUAUGCAGCAUCUACAGCGGUACAAACACCUACCUCAGUUACCUCAACCGCUACCAUACCGACAUCUUCGACAGUACUAUCUAUAUCACCCGUUUCAGUUCUUUCAACGUCGUCACUCGCACCAUCUUCAUCAAGUACACAAACAUCAACAUCAUCCAUAAUACCAACUACCGCACAAACACAGUCUCCAACAGCAUCUCCUACUCCAUCAAGCAUCAUAACAACGACAGAGCCACCUGUUACAGUGGUGUGUCCUGCUGGAGAGUUCCGCAAUGCUGCCAACACAUGUGAGUCGUGUCCUGCCGGGCGCUACCAGCCUGACCAAGGAGCAACUGGAUGCAAUCUGUGUUCGGCGGGAGAGUACCAAGACGUUACGGGAGCUGUGGAGUGUAGGGAAUGCCCGUCUGGCACAUACCAGGACUCCCCAGGAGCCACCGGAUGUACAGAGUGCCUUGCCGGACAAUACCAAAACUCUUCAGCAGCAGCCACGUGCCUUGAGUGUCCAGCAGGGACGUACCAGGAGCUGCCAGGUGGCACCGGAUGUGAGGUGUGCCCACUUGGGUCCUACCAAGAUACUCCUGGCGCAUCUGGUUGUAUUGACUGUCAGUCAGGAUACAACACAACCUCCACGGGCAACACGGCAGCUGCAGAUUGUCUGAUCGUGUGUGACGUAGGACAGUUCCGAACAUCAUCUACGGUGUGUGAACAGUGCCAGAAAGGAACGUACCAGAACGAGACGGGGUCAACCCAGUGCUUCGCCUGCCCUAUUGCCACCUACCAGUCCAGUACGGGAUCUGCUGAAUGUAUUGCUUGUGACACAGGCUACACCACACAAAACACCAGGACCACAGCGGCAUCUGACUGUCUUGUGGUGUGUCCUGCUGGAGAGUUCCGCAAUGCUGCCAACACAUGUGAGUCGUGUCCUGCCGGACGCUACCAGCCUGACCAAGGAGCAAGUGAAUGCAGUCUGUGUUCGGCGGGACAGUACCAAGACGUUACGGGAGCUGUGGAGUGUAAGGUAUGCCCGUCUGGCACAUACCAGGACUCCCCAGGAGCCACCGGAUGUACAGACUGCCUUGCCGGACAAUACCAAAACUCUACAGCAGCAGCCACGUGCCUUGAGUGUCCAGCAGGGACGUACCAGGAGCUGCCAGGUGGCACUGGAUGUGAGGUGUGCCCACUUGGGUCCUACCAAGACACUCCUGGCGCAUCUGGUUGUGUUGACUGUCAGUCAGGAUACAACACAACCUCCACGGGCAAGACGGCAGCUACAGAUUGUCUGAUCGUGUGUGCUGCGGGACAGUUCCGAACAUCGUCUACGGUGUGUGAACAGUGCCAGGAAGGAACGUACCAGAACGAGACGGGGUCAACCCAGUGCUUGGCCUGCCCUAUUGCCACCUACCAGUCCAGUACAGGAUCUGCUGAAUGUAUUGCUUGUGACACAGGCUACACCACACAAUAUACCAGGACCACAGCGGCAUCUGACUGUCUUGUUGUCUGUGCUGCCGGCAAGUUUCGCACUGCGGCUAACGUGUGUGAGGAGUGUGGCGCAGGGACCUACCAGCCGAGGGAGGGGGCUGAGACUUGCAGCAACUGCUCUGUCGGGUCCUACCAGCCAGCCUCCGGGGCGACAUCCUGCCUCAGCUGCGACGAAGGCUAUACAACAUCGGUUACGGGGGCAGCACAAACGAAGGACUGUCUCAUCGUGUGCAGUGCUGGCCAGUACCGAAGUGCACGGGACACGUGUGUGGACUGCGAGUAUGGUCAGUACCAGCCGGACACGGGGGCUGAUGUUUGUCUCAACUGUUCUUCAAGACUGACCACAAGUACCAAAGGGUCCACCUCGGACAAAGCAUGCAUCGACCCCGAGGCGGGAAAAUCCGAUGCCAAUAAGGCGCUGACAACCGGUAUCACUGCAGCCUCAUCAAUAGCCGGCAUCCUGGUCCUUCUGUUCUUCGUGGCGCUUAUCUUUAUCCUCUGCAGGAGGCGUCGCCGUCGUCACCGGUCAAGAUCCAACUCCACCACAUCGACUGACACCAUGAAAAUCCCCCGCCCCUUUGUCUCAUACGGACCCUUCUUGAACUCCGAACUGCUCGCAGAUGGACAAAGUGAGUUCAACUAUGACAGCUACGGAAACAAAAGCCAUGCUUAGUGGUCUGCAAUGAGGCAACGUAUAAUUAGCGGGACGUUAUCUGCCCUUGAGCGUGACAGCAGGGCGAGAUUCAUCGACAUCAGCGUCGGAAACUUGAACAGGCAGCUAGGAUGGAAACAAUUUCAAUACUCCAGUUUUCGUAUUUGGGGCAAGACCCAAGUGUGAUGACAUAUUUAUGAUUUCUCGAGCCAAGCAGUGUCAGACGAAGAGUUGCGUCCCUUUUCUUGUGUCAGGAUACAAUCAUCUCAGACUCGGGUUGUAAAUAGUUUAUUUUGUUGUGACAAACUUCAAUUCUAAACCCAAAAUCGCAUAUCCUGGACCAUACGUCUGUUACGCCUUACCUUAACAGAUUGCUGGAGGUGGUGUUUUACAUAUUUAUGAUUUCUCGAGCGCAGCAGUGUUAGACGCAGAGUUGCGUCCCUUUGUUGUGCCAGGAUGUAAUCAUCUCAAACUCGUUUUCACCCUGAUUCUGGUCCUUCAUUUGUCAGUACCAAACAGCUCGUGGUUCCGCUGUUAUGUGUCGCUGGCGUGAAGACAGCUGGUCAUGUACUUUUGAUAUUCAACGACACGGAAUAACAGAAUUAUUACUGCUCACUACUGAGUUUUAGUUGCCAAAUGUAUCUCGUGGUGUCAUGUGACCAACGCAGCUAAAUACUCCUAUUUCCACCUUAUUUACAUGUCUAAGUCCAUAUGCAAGCUAAUUUCGCAUUCCUUAUCAAGUUUGAAAUAUUUGCUUCUAUACUGACCAAAUAGAAAUAAAUACCACGUGCACCUGUUCGACCUGUGGCGUUUAAAACACAGAAUCGAUGUUUAACUGGCUUACUUACGCAUGUCACUAAGGCCGCCAUUGAAUAAACAUACCAACUGAUGUCACUGUGUGAUAAAGAUGACGUCACACAAGAAAACAGAACUAUAUUAUGUAUUAUGACGUAUUUAUGCGUAUU